CCAGAAGUGAACAGUCUGACCCGGAAGCUGUGCCGUGUGGAGGCGCAUAGAGAACAUCAGAUUCAUUUCUGCUCUAUUAAAGCAUCUCCUGCAACGAAAAACACACUGCAAUCGUUAUUGAAGAAGGAUGGCGGAGCCUCGAUUUAAUAAUCCAUAUUUCUGGCCACCCCCUCCCUCCAUGCCUGGUCAACUGGAUAACCUGGUUCUUAUCGACAAGAUCAAAGAGCAACUGAUGGCAGAAAAAAUAAGACCUCCGCAUUUGCCACCCACCACUGUCCCCUCACAGCAGACACUGCUGGUAUCCACAUCAUCUUCAGAUGGUGGGCAACAUGUGAUGUCAAUCCCCAAACUCCAGCAGGUGUCUGCUCUUCAGGCCCACAACUCCUCCCAACCUGAUAUCGCCCUGCACGCCCGCCCAGCAUCAAGCGCCAUUUCAGAGUUGAACAUUGAUGACAAGUCGACAGUAAAGGCAAAAGGAUUAUGGGAAGAUUGGCAUAUGCGACAAGCAGUGGUGGAUCAAGUCACCCGCGUAAACCAUCGCUCAGGCCUCACGUUGUCGUCCCGUACCGAGAGCCACAACACUUCUGAAGCCAUAACCCCCACCACCCCGACAUCCAGCAGUCAAAACCGUUUGGGAGGAGCACCGUCCUUAAACACCAUUUCAGGCCUGGCCAGUGGUCCCGGCAUUGAGCACGUCAAAAGCGGAGGUCUGAUUGGGAUGCUGGGACCUCAGAUUAAAGCGCCACGAGGUCGCAAGAAGAUUAAAGCGGAGAACACAGGUCCCCUACUUGUGUUGCCCUACCCACUUCUGGCUUCAGGCCCUGACCAAGCGGUUACAAUCGCUAAAGAGGGAAAAACGUACAGGUGUAAAGUGUGUCCGCUCACUUUCUUCAACAAGUCAGAGAUGCAAAUUCAUUCCAAGUCCCACACGGAGGCCAAACCUCACAAGUGCCCUCACUGUUCCAAAUCCUUCGCCAACGCCUCGUACCUCGCACAGCACUUACGCAUUCACUUGGGCAUUAAGCCUUACCACUGCUCCUAUUGUGAGAACUCCUUCCGUCAGUUAUCACACCUUCAACAGCACACCAGGAUUCAUACUGGUGACAGACCUUAUAAAUGUGCCCAACCUGGAUGUGAAAAGGCAUUCACACAACUUUCAAACCUGCAGUCUCACCAGAGGCAACAUAACAAAGACAAGCCAUACAAAUGCCCCAACUGCUACCGGGCCUACACAGACUCCGCCUCCUUACAGAUCCAUCUGUCAGCACACGCUGUGAAAAAUGCUAAAGCUUACUGCUGCAGCAUGUGCGGCCGGGCCUACACCUCAGAGACGUAUCUUAUGAAGCACAUGUCUAAACACACGGUGGUAGAGCAUCUUGUCAGUCAUCAUUCCCCACAGAGAACAGAAUCUCCCAACAUCCCCAUCCGCAUCUCACUCAUCUGAGCUUCCCUGCACUUCCUCGCUUGUUUUUCUUCCAUAAAGUUAAGUAUUCAGUUUAAUGCGCCGGUCUUCCGUCGAGAGGAAGAACGUCAAGGGAAGAUAUUGAGUCUUCUUUUAUUUGCCCCUCUACAUAAACCUAUUGGUCACAGCAGCUGCUGUCUGGAUCGAAUUGUUUGGAGGAAUUAUUUGAAUUUUA